AUGAUUGCAAACAGCACCAAGUCGUCUGCUAUGGCUCUUCGCCAAGCCUUGUUAGCACUAUCUUUUCAAUUUUUUGUCGUGCCUUCAAAGGCUAUACAGCACCAAAAUGAGGCAAUACAACAUUUACAGGCUAGUAUUGAUAGGUCUCUGCCGUGGGAUAACGAUGAAGCGUUACAGGCAAUCGCAGCUAGCAUGCUGCUAAGUGUCUACGAGAUGGAAAAUGGCGAAUCGUCUCUUCGCUGGGCCAUAUUUUUCAGCGGCACCAAAAGAAUCGUCGAUACAAUAUAUACCCCUGGGGAUACUUACGAGGGAGAUUCCGCCACCAUGAUGGACUGGAUUUUCUACUAUUACACCAUGUGCAAGUUCAGUGUUCUUCACUGGCUUCGGAAAGACGAGCAGCAGACAUGGGUAGCGAGACAGAGGAAAAUCAUAUCGAAGCCUCCCCACUCAGUUUCGCAGCACACUGCAACUAAUCGUCUGAUACAGGUUCUGACAUCAUGGGGGUGUUCACUCGAGCUGCUAGACAUUCUACACGAAAUUUUCGAUAACGUCCUUGAUCGCGAUUCCGAGCAUUAUAGAUCCCCAGAGCACAACGAACGCCUAGAAAUCCUGGAACAGCGGUUGCAUCGUCUCAGCCCAGGCGAGGAAUCCGAUAUCUCAAAGCUGGACGAAGUAUCUACAUACAACGCUCAAAUCGCCGAACUUUAUCGCCUUGCCGCGCUUCUCUAUCUCCAGCGAGUAGCCCGUAAUAGUCCCCGAGACACCCCACAUGUUAACAAACUGGCGGCCGAGGCAUACAGGGCAUUGGAGGUGACGGCGAGAUGUGAUCGGCCUUGGCCCCUUUUUGUCAUAGCACUUGAAGCAUCGACGGAGGAUGAGCGUCGACUGGUGCUAGUCACGAUAGAGACUUUAUUAGAGCGCAGGCCGCUCCGAAAGUUUAUGAUGUUACGGACCAUGAUACAGCAGGCCUGGUCACAAAAUGAUCUCGCAAAUAGCAGUAACUUGGACGCUUUGUUAUUAUACCAAUCAGCCAUAAACGCUCAGCGAGUACCUCCUAUGUUUAUCUAA